AUGGGAUUGAUCACUGGAGCAUCACCGACAGUGGAAGAACUACAUAACAGUAAUUCAAUGCAGCCGUCGAGUGAGUCGGCCACCGCAAAGCUUUCGUCUGAUCAGCAUGCAAGUCCUAAUGCACAACCAAGCGUUGUCGGAGAAAGCUGGUAUGCCUCAUAUGUCAUGAGAGGUUACACGCCCGGCCACAACAGUGUUCACCGACCAAUCGGAGAGUGUAACGAGACAGUUCAGAGUGUUACCCGUGAUACGAGGAGAGAGAGCGUCUGCAGCCGGCCGUCCUUGCCUCGUGAGAAGACAACCCUGUCGGAUCUCCCAUCACCAGACUUAGUAGACCGUCUCAUCAAGGUCUACUUCGACAGAUUUCACGCGUUUUGUCCGAUACUUGGUAGAAAAUACUUCCUUUCCUCCCUUUCUGACGGAACCAUGUCAGGUACCCUACUCCAGAGUGUCCUUUUUGUUGCAUCGCUACACUGUGGUGCAGAGGUACUACAUCUCAUGGGUUACAGCACUCGAUGGGAUGCCAACAAUGCUCUGUACAACAAGGCCAGCAGAGCAUUCGACGCGGAUCGAGAUUCGAGUCGCAUCCAUAUGAUAUUGUCGUCAUACCUGCUUCACUACUGGUUCGGAAGUCCGACAGCUUAUCGAGACUGUCAUUGGUGGCUCGCUGCUGCAAUACGAUCCGCGCAGUGCACAGGUUAUCAUAGGAGCACUAGAAAUAGUAAGAUGUCACAUGAAGAAAGGUCGCGAUGGAAGCGCAUCUGGUGGUGUCUUUAUGUCCGUGAUCGCCAGAUCGCCAUCUCCACCGGGACACCGAUGGUGAUCAACGACCAAGAUCAUGAUGUCGAAGAACUUGUCGAGCAAGACUUUACGGAGGAAGCUCCAGAGACUGUGCAGUAUAUCAUAUCCCAGGUCAAGCUGAGUAAAGCUAUGGCUCGACUGUACUUCUCCCACUGCUCGCCUUCCCGUCUGUCUCUCUGUAAAGAAGCUCAUGUCCUCGAUGAAGCCAUGAGAGAUAUUCAGUCAGAAUUACAAGCCUGGUAUGACUCUUCUGAAGGCUUGAACUUCUCCAACGGCCAUCAUCAUCUAAGUCUGACACUGAAGGUUUGCUAUCAUUACUAUUUAAUCAACCUCAGCCAGAGGCUACAAAGACAGUGCAAUGCAUGUAAAGAGAUCAAGCCCGUCCUUGACGCAGCAGCACAGAUAUUCAACCUGGUCGAGAAUUCUCUGCUUUUCUGGACACCGGAGCAUUUCCCCAGGAUCUAUGUGUCUGCUCUUUUCUCUGCGAUGAUGGCCUUGGCAGCAGAAGUAAAAACCUCCGCGCCUGAAAGCGAUCAGAUAUUUGUAAAGAUCCGACCUGGAUUAUUGGCCCUCAAGCAGUUUGAGUCCGUUUAUAUACUCGCCAGAUGGAUCAAGAAUUUCUUCAUGGAUAUUCUGAACCGCCCAACGCCUUUCGAUGCGGUAGAAGCGCAUAGACCACCUCCGACCCUACAUGGCGAUGACACGACUGGCGGGGGUACUGGCUUAGAGAUGAUGAACGGCACCGAUGAGAUCCCGACGACGACUGCAUCAGCUGGUCAAGCCACGCAUGACACGACAAACUUUGAGAACUCCAAUUUCGGAUUUGAACAGGGUUCGGGAUCUGAGGCAGGCGGCUUUUGGCCGACGUACUUGGCAAACGGUGUCUUCUCGGGUGUUCAGUCAAGUGACGACAUGGAGUUCCCGCAUCCAGACUCGUUCCAGUAUCAAGCUAUGUACUUUCUAGCCGAUCUAGGCAUAGCGAGUACCGAACCUAUAGAUCAAUAA